AUGCGACGAGACGGCGGUUCACAAAAUCCUGAAUACCCCUAUCGAUCAAUUGAUCAAAUGAGGAAUCGGGAGACUGAUCGAACCACAUUGAGCAGAUUCGUUUUGGAGGGAAUCUGCACUGGCCUCACCACAUCGCGAACCCAAAUCCAUCAGCUCUGCUCCUUGCUCCUCUUCAACUCUAACACCACAUCAGAAUCCGACAAUUCUAUCGAAAUGCUACUCCAAAACUCGUUCAUCUCACUAGAAGACGACCUAUUCAGUCCAACGCAACUCGGAAGAGCCGCCAUCGCAUCGUCUCUACCUCCAGAAGCCUCUCUGGCCAUCUUCGAAGAUUUGAAUUCGGCGAGUCGAGCGAUCGCAGUGGACACAGAGCUCCAUAUGCUUUAUUUAGUGACCCCGAUUAAUGUGACAGUUUGGCAAGAAUGCGAUUGGCAUCAUUUGUUUUCUCUCUUCUCGAAACUACCGUCUGAUCAUCGGAGGGUGGCGAAAAUGGUUGGAGCAAGUGAGAAGUUUAUUUUGGAGCAACUACAAGGGAAACGGAAUCAGAAGGCGCUUCAGGUUCACAUCAGAUUCUUCUCAGCUCUGGCGUUGUUUGAUUUGAUCAAUGAAAUGAGUAUAUAUCAGGUGAACCAUUUAUUUGGGACCAUUCAUUUAGAAAAUCAUGAAUCCAGGUCUCCAACAAGUACCGUAUUCCACGUGGCUGCCUUCAAACUCUUCAAUCGCAAAGCGCCACUUACGCAGAUGUAA